AUGAAGAAUACAAACGGGCUUCCCUGGUGUCUCAGUGGUGAAGAAUCUGCCUGCCAAUCCAGGAGAGCUGGCUCUGAUCCCUGUCCGGGAAGAUCCCACCUGCUGUGGAGCAACGAAGCCCAGGUGCCGCACAACCGGGCCAGUGCCCCAGGGCCUCGGACCAGAGCUGCAAGCCCUGAGCCCAAGAGCGGCAGCAUCCGCAGUCACCCCAGUCAGGGCUCCCGAGAAGCCCGUCCAUCACAACUAGAGAAGAGCCCCACUGUCCGCAGCAAGAGAGAAGCCCGGAGCAGCAGUGAAGACGCAGCACAGACAGAAAUGCAUAAACAAAUGCGUACUUUUUAA